GCUCGCACGUCCAUCGAUCAGCCUUGUGUCUCUCGUGUUUUGGAGGCGUGACACUUCAGUGCUUCCUCGUAGCCUUGAGCCUGUCCCGACUCCCUUUUCGAAGAAUGUACGCUUCUCGUGCGCGGCAACUCUCACCGAUCCGAGAGGCCCAAGAUAUCCCAGCUGUCGAUGCGACUUGAAGCGCGUGAGGGACGGCGUGGAGGAUCUGCCAGAAGCUUCCUCCUUCAACACUCUGUCCAUGGCAUCGCCCAGUGCCUCCCAGCCAUCCCCAGACCCAUCAAAAUGAUCUCAUCGAGUCAUCGCCGCUCACGACCAGCUUUCGAUACUCCGACCACUCGAGCAGCACAUAUCUCUUCCUUUUGAUUUAGACAAAUCGUGGACCAAAUGGCACAGUCCUUCCUUCAACAGUCGCGGUUGCAUCUGGGUGCAGGUAGAUUGUUACGCCAACUUUACCAGGGUAGCAAAGCUCUGUUCGAGCUUGUCGAAAUUCACAUCAACUCUCCAGCAGGAUAUCUUCUUACGGGCUUGACUUUCUUCCUGGCAGGCACCUUCCGGGGGCAAUGGCUACUAGGGAACAUGAAGCCAGAGUACUUCAAAAUCCUUAGCAGCUCAAAACGAGACCCGCUAGAAGCAACAAUCGUACACACCCAGCUGACGGAUGGUUCUAUUACACUGUGGUCCGUGUCAAUACCUGCCACUAAUACGGUCAACAAAAUACGUCUUCUUGAAUUGAUGCCGCGAAGCCAAGCAAACCCCACCUCGGUCAAUUGCAACUUUCAUCAUUUUUCACUCAAGGAGAUCCAGCCUUAUGUCUGUCCUACACGUGGGGCAAGGGUGCAAACAACACUCAUUCGAUCUGGAUUAGUGUACGGCGGCUUCUCACAUCCCGCAAGGUGUACAAAAUGUUGUUUGAUGUGGGUACGUGGAAGGCAGAACCUAUCUUGAUCUGGGUGGAUGCUGUUUGUAUCAAUCAAGUCGACCUCGAAGAAAAGAACAGACAAAGUAGGCAUGAUGAAGCCGAUCUUUUCAUGGGCAUAUCUGUUGUAGUUUGGCUUGGCGAUUCUGCAGAUUCCGGGAUUGCGAUGGAGGUGAUUGACGACGUCGAUAUCACCAUAGGCACUGCCUUGGCCGGUGUCACUCGUUCGGAGUACCUGGAAGAACAUAAGGACUUGCCCAAAAAGGACACCAGCGGAUAUCGGGGUAAACCCAU